AUGGUUCGUGUGGGUCUUCCAAAGAAGAACCCUAAAGUUUUGAAACCCGCUUUCACCAUUCCUCCCAAACUGUUACAAUCCCUUGUAGAAGACCCUAAAUGGGAUGAAAAAGGCAGCGUCACACAAAACUACAAUUCCUUCGGCGUCGUCAAUGACCCUAACUCCCUCACCGAUUCUCUUCGAGCUCCUCCUUCUGUCUCUGAUGACCCCAACGAUUCCGGCAGUGACCUCGAAGAAGACGAUUUGAAAUCAGCACUGGGAAAGAGAAGAAGAGAUGGUAAAAGUGCACUUCCUCAACCUUUGACUUCGAUUCAGGGAAAGAGAAGAAGAGAUGGUAAAAGAACAGAUACAAAGUUUGUUCUUCAGAUUCAAAUUCCAGGUUUCGUUACAAACAAUGAGAGAGCUUUAGAGGAGCUAUAUGGGGACGAGGAGAACAAUAAAAAAGUUGUUGCAUGUUUGAAUGUGAUGGCUACUCGAGUUGCUUCUGUUUUUGCUUCAUUAAGAGAAUUUCCUUUUGUUCGAUUUCAUGCUGCCCGGUCACUAGAUGCGAACACAAUGACUACUCUUCAUGAUCUUAUUCCUACAAAGCUUGCUGCUGGUGUCUGGGACUCUCUUAUGAAAUAUAAAAAAAGUAUACCUAAUUUUCCUCAGACUGAGACAUGCGAGCUGCUUAUCAUUGAUAGAACUAUCGAUCAGAUUGCUCCUUUGAUACACGGGUGGACUUAUGAUGCAAUGUGCCAUGAUUUGUUGAAUAUGGAGGGAAAUAAAUAUGUUCACGAGAUUCCUGGCAAGAAUGGUGGUCAACCUGAGAGAAAAGAGGUUCUGUUGGAAGAUCAUGAUCCUAUAUGGCUUGAACUUCGUUAUGCACAUAUUGCCGAUGCUAGUGUACGGUUGCAUGAGAAAAUGACCAACUUCAUUUCAAAGAAUAAAGCUGCACAGAUCCAACAUGGUUCAAGGGGUAGUGGUGAAAUGUCAACAAGGGACUUACAGAAGAUGGUUCAAGCACUUCCACAAUACAGUGAACAAAUCGACAAGCUCUCCCUCCAUGUGGAGCAUAGAAGUGAAAAAGGGGAAUCAUCAAUUAAAGCAUUGGGUCAGAAGAUGUUGAUGGAGAUGAAAAGUCCACUCAGGAUUGAUAAAAGGAAGAUGGAUGCUUUGUUGGUAAAGGUAAAGCUGUUAAAAUCUGGUUAUGUGAAUUGA